AAUACCGAACAAUUGGUGCCUUCGGGGGCCAGCAGUCAUGGUUCUGCAACUUCAUCCACAGGCUUCGGUGUCCUCUCCUUUAUUAUCUUCUUCUUCUUCUUCUUUCUUUGUGCAAGGCUCAAAACCACUGGCCCCAAAACCUCGAAAAAUUCUGCUCAAAAGAAUCGCCAGCAGUUCUACUCCCCCUUGCAAAGCUUCAUGGCAAGAGCUCGCUGGAGUUCUGGUUUUCUCGGCGAUUCCUUUCACAGCAGUGAAAGCUAUUGCCAAUAGUCCGCUGGGUGAGUCUCUCCAGAGACGAAUGGAGGAGAGGAAGAAAGUUGCCAUCCAGGAAUCCUCCAAGCUCCAGGCUUUAGCUGCAAAGGCCCGUAAAGAGAGCUUGUGGUAUGGAGAAGAGCGUCCCCACUGGCUUGGUCCCAUUCCAUAUGACUACCCCCAAUAUCUUACUGGAGAACUGCCUGGAGAUUAUGGUUUUGAUGUUGCAGGUCUAAGCAAAGACCCUGUGGCUUUCCAGAGAUACUUCAACUUUGAAAUACUUCAUGCUCGUUGGGCUAUGCUUGCUGCCCUUGGUGCUUUGGUUCCAGAGUUACUGGAUUUAUCUGGUGCCUUCCACUUCAUUGAACCUGUAUGGUGGCGAGUUGGCUAUUCAAAGCUUAAGGGAGAUACACUGGAUUAUCUUGGCAUCCCAGGAUUGCACCUAGCUGGAAGCCAAGGUGUGAUUGUCAUUGCUAUUUGCCAAGCUCUCCUCAUGGUCGGACCAGAGUAUGCAAGAUAUUGUGGGAUUGAGGCAUUGGAGCCUUUGGGAAUUUACCUACCAGGAGAUAUAAAUUAUCCAGGAGGGGCACUUUUUGAUCCCUUGAAUCUCUCGGGUGAUCCAGUAGCUUUCGAGGAGCUGAAGGUGAAAGAAAUUAAAAAUGGGCGCUUAGCUAUGGUUGCAUGGUUAGGCUUUUAUGCCCAAGCUGCUCUGACUGGUAAAGGUCCAGUUCAGAACCUUCUUGAGCACAUAUCAGAUCCAUUUCAUAACAAUCUGUGUUCUGUUCUCAAGUUGAUGUAAUAUAAUACAUGUUUUUGAAUGUACAGAGUACGGAGAGAUGACCGGAGAAUUUGAUUUCUCGGUGUAUUUGUAACUGACAAGUGACUUGGAACUUGAAAUUCAGGUCACUUUUGUCAUCUUUAUUACACGGUAAAUUUCCAAAAAUCAAGUUUAGCACUAGCUUUAGGAA